UUCCUCCAGUUUUAAAGACUGAGAACUAAACCUGCUGGUUACCGCUCGGAGGCCAACAACACCUAGUGAGUUAACCCGGCCCUGCGGGGGUCGGCCCUGUCGGCCUUCUGCGCCCCCCGGCGGGUUUCUGUGGUGGUGCAGCCCGGCCACUGGCUGCGGAAAAGCGCCCCGGCGCCGGCAGACCGCACCGCAGGCUGACGCCGUCCGCGCGCACCAAUCUUGGCGGCGCUCUCACUCGCCUCUGUCCCCAUCAGCGGACGUCAGGCUGCGGGAGAGGGGAUUCCAGGGAGGCUCCAGAGCGCAAGAACUCAGUCUAUUGUCAGACGGUGCCAACGCGGCCACCCCAGCCUGGGCUGGGAGCGCACGCAUCUCUGGAGCCUUCCGCGGCGGUGCAACUCCCGGAGCCAACUUCAGGCCAGCCCGUGGACUCGGUGCAGGGUCCCACCCGGCAGAUCAGCCCUCGGAGUCUCCGGAGAGAAAUCGGAGCCGCCCCCAGGUGCGCCAGGAGGCCCCCGUCGGGCCCGCCCCAUCGCGUCACACCGCGUCUGACAAAGCACCCGAAGGCCACGGCCAUGGAGGGCGCCCUCGAGGCCAACUGGAGCGCCGAGGCGGUCAACGGGAGCGCGGCGCCGCCCGGGCCGCAGGGCAACCGCACGCUCGGGCCGCUGCGCAACGAGGCGCUGGCGCGCGUGGAGGUGGCCGUGCUGUGCCUCAUCCUCUUCCUGGCGCUGAGCGGCAACGCGUGCGUCCUGCUGGCGCUGCGCACCACGCGCCACAAGCACUCGCGCCUCUUCUUCUUCAUGAAGCACCUGAGCAUCGCCGACCUGGUGGUGGCCGUGUUCCAGGUGCUGCCGCAGCUGCUGUGGGACAUCACCUUCCGCUUCCACGGCCCCGACCUGCUGUGCCGCCUUGUCAAGUACUUGCAGGUGGUGGGCAUGUUCGCCUCCACCUACCUGCUGCUGCUCAUGUCGCUGGACCGCUGCCUGGCCAUCUGCCAGCCGCUGCGCACCCUGCGCCGCCGCGCCGACCGCCUGGCUGUGCUCCUCACUUGGCUGGGCUGCCUGGUGGCCAGCGCGCCGCAGGUGCACAUCUUCUCCAUCCGCGAGGUGGCCGACGGCGUCUUCGACUGCUGGGCGGGCUUCAUCCAGCCCUGGGGGCCCAAGGCCUACGUCACGUGGAUCACCCUGGCCGUCUACAUCGUGCCGGUCAUCGUGCUCACCGCCUGCUACAGCCUCAUCUGCUUCAAGAUCUGGCAGAACUUCCGGAACAAGACGGCGGCCGAGGGGGCGGCCAAGGGGCCCGAGUGCGCGAAGGCGGGCAGCAGGGAGGGAGCGGCCCUGGCUCGAGUCAGCAGCGUCAAGCUCAUCUCCAGGGCCAAGAUCCGCACGGUCAAGAUGACCUUCAUCAUCGUGCUGGCCUUCAUCGUGUGCUGGACACCGUUCUUCUUUGUGCAGAUGUGGAGCGUCUGGGACGCCAACGCGCCCAAGGAAGCCUCGGCCUUCAUCAUCGCCAUGCUCCUGGCCAGCCUCAACAGCUGCUGCAACCCCUGGAUCUACAUGCUCUUCACCGGCCACCUCUUCCACGAGCUCAUGCAGCGCGUCCUCUGCUGCUCCUCCGGCUUCCGGAGGGGCUCUCGGCCCGGGGACACCAGCGUGAGCAAGAAGAGCAACUCCUCCACCUUUGUCCUGAGCCGGCACAGCUCCAGCCAGAGGAGCUCCUCGCAGCUCUCCUCCCUGUGACCAGCCUGGCUGACUCCUCUUCCCAUCAGGGUGUGUGACAGGACAUCUCCCCUUGGCGGCUGAGGCCGUGUGUGUAUAGGUACCUUUCAGUUUGUACACCUCCACACCUCGGGGCAGCUUGGGUGGGGUGGGAUCCUGACACGGGAGGGGAAGUGGUCUGCAUGGGAGAAGGUGACAAGGGUGACUUGGAUCUCUCCUGGGUCCCCACAGGUACUUCUGCUACCCCCGACCCCACUGCUGCCUGGCUGCUUGGUGGGUUGUUUAUGUUUCCCAGACCUGUACUUUCACUCCAGUAUCUCUUUUCUCCUUUAUUCUGUGAUCUAAGUGUAGGAUUGGUGGCCAAUUAUAUGUGGAAGCCUAGUGUCCUGAGUUUGGAGUAAGGAGUGGGAGCAGGACCCCAAAUGGGGUGGUGGUGCUCAUAGCCGCCUGAGCCCAGAGAGUGUUUGCCUGACCCAGCAUCCUCUUGUCAGAGGAUGGCUCUGGGAAUGGGAGAUUCCCCUGGGAGGCAGUUUGGCACAAACAGCCCAUUCAAACUUGGAUUUAAAAUGUUUAACAAGCUAAUAUUUAAGUAGCAACUGAGAAAGAAAGAAGUAAAAGGCACCCAAAUUGGAAAAUAAGUAAAUCUCUUUGUAGCUGACACGAUGUUUUAUACAUAGAAAAUUCUAAGGAAUUUGUACACAUACACACACCCAUGAAAACUAAUUAAUGAGUUCAGCAAAAUUUCAGAGUACAAGGUCAUUAUAUAAAAAUCAAUUGUAUUUCUUAUCUCUCUCCCUCUCUCCCCCCCCCCUUCUCUCUCCUGAGUACAGUGAAUUUUAUUGAUGGUUCAUGACAAGGUAGGGAUCCCUAAGCCCCUCCCCUUCUUCAUGGGGUCUGGGAUGGAAACUGUGGAGGCCAGGAGAUUCUCAGUGUUUGGGGGAGAAUUUUGGGGCAAGGACUCCCCAGCAGCUGAGGGCCUGUCUUCCUGUUGCUAAGGGCGGUGGUCCAGGGGGCUCUGACUCCCUGGAGGCCAUGUGGGCCAUAGGUCCCCCUCCUGUUCUAUUGGCAAAUUCAUUGUCAUAGCAGGAAACAAGCUUGAUGAAGUGGUCAUUGAGGGCAAUGCCAGCCCAGCAUCGAAGAUGGAGGAGUGAGCAUCACUGUUAAAGUCACAGGAGGCAACUUGGUCCGCAGUGUAGCCCAGGCUUCCUUGAGAUGCCCUCUGAUGCCUGCUUCACUACCUGCUUGAUGUCAUCGUAUUUCUUUUUACUAGCAAUGAACAAUAUGCCAAUAAAAUUAAGAAAUAAUUAAAUUUAUAAUACUAUCAGAAAGAAUACAAAAUAGAAAUAAAUUCAAUGAAAGAAAUAUAGGACUUAUACCCUGGAAACUACAGAAUAUCAUUGAAAGAAAUCGAAGAAGACUUAAAUUGAGAGACAUCCUUUGUCCUGGGUCUUAACAACACUAUCCAAAUUGGUCUACAGAUUUAAUGUUAUUCCUUUUAAAACCCUAGCUGGCUUCUUUACAUAACCUGAUCCUAAAAUUCAUAUGGAAAUGCUAAGAAUCCCAAAUUACUAAACCUUGAAAAAGAAGAGCAAAAUUGGAUCCAUACUUCCUGCUUUCAAAAUGUACUAGAAAGCUACAGUAAUCAGAACAAUCUGGUCCUGACAUAAUGACAGACAUAUUGACCAAUGGAGUAGAAUAGAGAAUACAGAUAUAAAUACUUACAUUUACGGCCAGUAGAUUUUUGGCAAUUGUGACAAGAGAAUUUAAUAGGAAUGAUAGUCUUUUCAAAAAACAGUGCUGGGACAACUGGCUAUCCACAUGCAAUUGAAUGAAGUUGGAUCCCUACCUCACACUCUAUAUAAAUUAACUCAAAAUGCAUCAAAGACCUAAAUGUAAGAGCUAAAUCUUCAAAACUCCUAGAAGAAACAUAGGCAUCAAUCUUCAUGACCUUGGAUUAGGCAAUGGUUUUUUAGAUAUGACACUCAAAGCACGAGGAAAGGAAAAUUAGAUAAACUGGACUUCAUAAAAAUGGGCACAAAAUGUUUAUGCUUCAAAGGACACUAUCAAGAAAGUGAGAAAACUUGCUUGCGGAAUGAAAGGAAAUAUUUGCAAAUAAUAUACUUGUAUCCAUAACACAUCAAGAACUCUUACAACCUAAUAAUAAGAAAACAACUAAGCCAUUGUUAAAUAUAGGCAAAACAUGUAUUUGAAUUAACAAGUGAAUAGACAUUUUUAUAUCUUCUCCAAAGAAAAUAAUAUCGAUAUAACUGGCCAGUAAGUGCAUGAAAGGAUGCUCAGAAUUAUUCGUUAAGGAAAUGCAAAU